GGCCGAAAUCAUUUUGGGAAACAUUAUCAAGAAGAAAUGCUGGAGGAGGUCAAGCUUGGUUAUUACAACUAAACUUUACUGGGGAGGAAAAGCCGAGACGGAAAGGGGCUUGUCACGGAAACACAUUAUUGAAGGUCUAAAAGGUUCUCUACAGAGGAUGCAGAUGGAGUAUGUAGAUGUAGUUUUUGCCAACCGCCCAGACAGUAAUACUCCCAUGGAGGAAAUUGUUCGAGCAAUGACCUACGUGAUAAACCAAGGAAUGGCGAUGUAUUGGGGAACGUCUCGGUGGACAGCGAUGGAGAUCAUGGAGGCUUACUCCGUGGCAAGGCAGUUUAAUUUGAUCCCUCCAGUGUGUGAACAGGCAGAGUAUCACCUCUUCCAGAGGGAGAAAGUCGAGGUGCAACUGCCUGAACUUUACCAUAAGAUAGGAGUUGGGGCGAUGACUUGGUCACCACUAGCAUGUGGUAUCAUCACAGGAAAAUAUGAAAACGGCAUCCCAGAAUCAUCGAGGGCCUCACUGAAGUCUUAUCAGUGGUUAAAGGAGAAGAUAGUAAGUGAAGAUGGAAGGAAGCAGCAAGCCAAGCUAAAGGAGCUCAACCACAUUGCAGAGAAGCUUGGCUGUACGCUGCCUCAGCUUGCCGUGGCAUGGUGUUUAAGAAAUGAAGGCGUGAGUUCAGUCCUUCUGGGAACAUCCAACCCGAAUCAGCUCACAGAGAACCUUGGGGCCAUACAGGUCCUUCCUAAAAUGACUUCUCAUGUGGUGUCGGACAUCGACCACAUCUUGGGCAACAGACCCUACAGUAAGAAGGACUACCGCUCUUAGACCAGACUGGUGGACCACCAUUAUGUCAACUGGUAUCUACGUAAACAUCUUGCAACCUUGGACCCACUGAUUGAAGGGUCAUGCCCAUGGCCCCGUCUUUUUCUUUCUCCUAUGGGGGUGCGUCCAGCUUCAGACCACUUCAGCCUGACCAGACAGCCUUGCUACGUCCAGACUGCACACUGUACCUCUCUGUUUGAGACUUCUGCUCCAGUCGGCUCGGCCACUUUCAUCUCAGGUGCAGUCCAGCUUUAGCCAAGAAGAGCUUCAGCUUUUCACACAACUUAGUAGAUUCAAACUCUGCCCUGAACCGAGGCGUCGAUGAUUCAGCAGCAGCAUGCAGAAAUAUAGACGUAAAACUAUGCAGAGCUUUUUGCAGCGCAUGUCAAAGCUCAAAUUCAUCAUCACAGACAUGGCAUCUGAGGAGUAUUUUUAUAUAUUUAAAUAACAAAAACUGAAAUCUAUAGACUACAGGAAGAUAGCAAGGCAUGCAUUAGUUCAUUCCUGGAGAUUAGAGACAUCACAGUCAGGACUAUUCAAAUGGAAGUGCCUUGUUCAAGAGCACCUUGAUUACUCGUUGAUCCUCCCAGAAACACACUGAAAUCUUGGGCCUACUUAUUUCAGCUCCAAACCUGAAUUUGCAAAUAAUU